AUGCCUGCUUGUGCAAUAGAAUCACGCAUUGCGCCUCCCAACUUGACGAUUGCAGACAUCACCGUACCAAAGAAUGAGUUCACAUUUGGUUCUUUUGGCCCAAACUCCUCGAGUUACCAAGAUGCGUUGGCCUGCCUUCGGAUGUAUCGCAAGCAGGUAACGCAACUCAACUACAGUCAACGGCGUGAGAUUAUAGAUAUUAUCACAAAGGGUCACUUUUUCAGAACGAAAACCGCGAUGAAAUCGCCAUUUGGCCAUAAAUUCUACCGUUACGCCCGCCAAAGCGAUUUUGCUGCAGAGCGCCUGUCAUGGCCUGAAUAUAUCAUCAUGCGCGCUCUUUAUAAAGAUGACUUACCACCUCUAUAUAUUAGCCAUGUCAAGCAAACAUUCGGAACGGCGGCCAUCGAAGAUUUCUCUUACCAAUUUUUCGAAUACUUUCCGCAAAUGAAUGACAAUACUGCCAAGGCUAUCAUUCCAACACCGAAAGUCAGUAUUCGCUCAGGACGAAUUUUAAUUAGUAGUCGCAAGGCGAGUGCUGAAGACAACCUCUGGCCCGCUCCAAAACGCAAAAAACCACGUUCAAUACAUAAGAACCCGGAUACUCCGACCACUGUUCAGACGACACUAAAGGCUCAUACCGUGGGUCGAGCGGCGAAUGAUGCAGGAAAUGAGGCUUUAAUCUCAGCGAAAGAAGCAACCAAGCAGCCAAAGUCUACCUCUGCUGUGCCUAACGCUUCUGCACUUGAAGUAACACCGGCUAUCGAUCUGGAUGCACGCGAUAUACUAGAUCGAUUGCCCUCCAAGACAUUCGAGGGUUCCAAAGGAUCGAUAAGGCUUCCUGGGACCGUCUGCACCCUUGAAGAGAGCCAUAGGGGCCUUGAAACUAAGCUCGGUGCGAUGACCACCGCCUUUGACACAAUGAAUACCACCAUCGAGACCAUCGUCACAGAGGCCAGAGCUGACCGAGAGGGGUACAAUCAUGUUUUGAGCAGUAUAAAGGAUGUUAUGAUGGGAAUGGCGGAUUCCAUCAAAGACAUCAAGGAACAGCUGUAG